AUGGCGACAAGAACGGAUUCGGUCCCUCGGACCCCAAAAGAAGUUGGUGAACACUCCCGUCUUCUCUCUCCCGCUGCCAGCGAACGUCGAUAUGGCCGUUCCCUCACUAUCCCCGAGGUCUCCAACCGUCGCCAACGAAGCUCCGUUUCCUCGUCCAUGUCCCGUCGGUCCAUGCGCGUUACACGUAGUUCCUGGUUCCUGAUGCUAUUAACCCUUAGCAUCGGAGGUUUACAAAUCGCCUGGUCGGUGGAAUUGUCAAAUGGUUCGCCAUAUUUGCUGUCCCUGGGAAUUUCCAAGUCAAUGUUGGCGUUAGUAUGGGUUGCUGGGCCUGUUUCUGGAGCUUUAGUGCAGCCGUACGUUGGUAUUCGGUCGGAUAAUUGUAGGAUCCCUUGGGGAAAGCGAAAACCUUUCAUGAUUGGGGGUGGUGCGGCUACGAUUGUUUCUUUGUUGAUACUUGGAUGGACGAAGGAGAUUUGUGCGUGGAUUGUGCCUAAGGGGAGCGAUGCACUGCCGAAGGUUACGAUCGGGUUGGCUGUAUUGAUGAUUUAUGUGCUAGAUUUUGCCAUAAAUACAGUGCAAGCUGGUAUUCGUGCAUUCAUCGUCGAUAAUGCACCACCUCAUCAACAAGAUGCAGCGAACGCAUGGGCGGGACGGAUGACGGGUAUUGGAAAUGUAUUGGGUUAUCUAUCUGGUUAUGUGAACCUACCGGAGAUCAUGCCGUGGUUCGGAAACACACAGUUCAAGGUCCUCUGCGUGAUUGCAUCCUUCGCACUAGGUGGUACCUUGGCUCUGAGCUGCGGGUUAAUUAUGGAACGAGAUCCUAAUGAGGAUGGGCCGGUUGAUGAGAAGAAGAACAGUGUACUUGCGUUCUUCGGCCAAGUGCUUCAUUCCGCAAAACGGUUGCCGCCACAGGUUAGAAAAGUUUGCGAUACGCAGUUCUUUGCGUGGAUUGGGUGGUUUCCGUUUUUGUUUUACAGUACUACGUAUAUUGGUGAGAUUUACGUCCGACCGUACUACGCAGCAAAUCCAAACCUUGACCCCAAGGAAGAAGCCAAGCUCUGGGAGGAGGCCACACGAGUUGGGACCUUUGCUCUUCUUGUCUUUGCAGUCGUUGCACUCGUCUCCAAUACCAUUCUUCCAGUAUUUAUUCAGCCAGCUUUUAACCCGGCAAACGCAGAAGAAACCCCUGCAAAAGAUCACCUAACCUUCCUCCGGAUCCCUGGACUAACACUACGAAGACUCUGGUGUAUAUCACAUAUCAUCUUUGCAGCCAGCAUGUUGAGCACAUUCUUUGUGAAAAACACCUGGGGUGCGACUGCACUGAUUGCUGCUUGCGGUGUCCCCUGGGCUAUAACCCUCUGGGCACCUUUCGCUCUAAUCUCCUCAGACAUCUCUAAGCGGGAUGCCAUCAAACGCGGAGUCCUCCGUAGUGCGACACCAUCCAUCCGAUCUGGUGUACAUGGAGAUUAUGAAGCAAGAGAUGACUAUGUAGAUCAGGCGGGAAUUAUCCUAGGGCUUCACAAUUUCUCGGUUGCGGCGCCACAGGUUAUUGCGACAGUUUUGAGUAGCAUUAUAUUCAAGGCGUUGCAGAAGCCGAGAGGGGCGGAAGGGGAUGAGAGCAUGGCCUGGGUUAUGAGGUUUGGAGGAGUUGCGACGAUCUUUGCGGCUGUGAUGACUUUAAGACUGGCCGAAGAGGUGGAUGAAGGAUUGGAAUUUGUGGAUAGCGAGGAAGAAGAGGAAGAGGAAGAUAUCUGA